CGCCCCCCAUACUCCCUCUGAUCCUUCCAGCAGCAACAAAAAGGAGGGAGAAAAAAAAAUCUGAUCGAGCCUUUCCGGUCUGCCUGCCCCGGUUUCCUUUCAGCCCUCUGCUGCUGGAGCUGAGGGAGACGCAGGAUCGAGUCCCGGACGAGGAGGAGCCGGGGACUUUAAACCAGUCACGGUUACUCCAAGCUGCUGCUCCCGCCUCGGCGUGUUUGUAGACGCUUCAUUACAUAAGUCUGUGUUUCUGUCACCUCGUUCUGACUCGGAUCUCCUGAACCCAGCAGUGGGGCAUUUCUGUCUAUCACCCCAGCGGCGGCGACAGGCGGCGGCGACGGUGCCAGGGAGGAUUUACAGCCGGACUGCGCUGCUCCUUUCUCUGCUGUCGAGGACUCGGGAGGACCAGAAGGAAAACGCGGACUGGGUGGAAACCUGAGCCCAGCGGUGAUGAGAACUAACCCUGAGUGGAUUUCACUGGUGUGCUGCCAGAAGCAUCUGGAAAGGAUAACACAGGGAUCCACUCCCCCUCUGGAGGACCAGAGCAUAAUUCACAUCUCAGACAUUUUGGCGUGUCAGCUCUGCGGCUGCUGCUGAGGGAUGUCUUCUAGCUUGUUUUUUCCCUAAGAAAUUGUCGUUGUAAUCACGCUGGCUGUCCUGAGAUUCCCAGAUUCCCUCCUGGCACCAGUGGGUUUGGAUAUGCUAGAUAGCGGUGCUCCUCUGUGCAUUGGCUGAAGGACCUGGAUCCUGCUCAUUAUUAAAGCCCCCCCCCCCCUCCCUCAGCAGAUCAGUGAUCCUGAUCCCAGCUAUGCAGUGAGGAUGUGCGCAGCCAGGUUCAGCGGCUGCCUCAAUGGCUGCGCAGAGGAGGCCGCCUGCGGUGCCGUCGCUCCGGCCAUGGCCUCCAGGAUGCUGGACUGGACCGAGGUCGGGCCCCGCAUCCUCGAAAGCCUGGAGAUGGGCACAGUGAUGACCAUCUUCCACCAGAAAAAGUCCCAGAGGCCCGAGAGGAAGACGUUCCAGAUCAGGCAGGACACCAGGCAGAUAGUGUGGGGCAGGAGUCCGGAUAAAAUGGAAGGAGAAGUUGACAUACGGGAGAUCCGGGAGCUGCGGUUGGGGAAAGGCUCGCGUGACUUUGAGCGGUACCCAGAGGAGGCUCGUAAACUGGACUCGGCCCACUGCUUCAUCGUGUUGUAUGGCCUCGAGUUUCGCCUGCGGACGCUCAGCUUGGCAGCCUACAGUGAAGAGGAAGUCAACAUGUGGAUCGCGGGUCUGAACUGGCUGAUGGUCGAUACCCAGAGAGCACCAGCACCACAGCAAAUAGAAAGGUGGUUGAGGAAGCAGUUUGAAGUCAUGGACAGGAACCAUGAGGGCUGCAUCACAUUGAAAGAUGUCAAAGCUCUUCUGCCUCAGAUCAACUACAGAGUCCCCAACAUGCGCUUUCUCAAAGACAAACUGCAGGAGGUGGAGGCAAAGAAUGAACUGUUGUACUCAAACUUUGCACAGCUCUACAGGACGCUUAUGUUUGACGCUCAGAGGAGUAUUAUUGAGCAGCUGGAUCUCUCCUUUCCCCUGCGAAAUGUGGAUCGACCAGAGCUCUGUCAGAUCUCCCUCUACGACUUCCAGAAGUUUCUGCAGAUGGACCAGAGGGAGUCCUGGGCAUCAGAUUUGAGUCGAGUCAGGGAGUUUCUGAUGACCUACAUGAGAGAAGGACCUCAGCCUGAACCAAUGCUGCAGCUGGAUGAGUUCCUGACCUUCCUGUUCUCAAAAGAAAACACUGUGGCAGACCCUCGACUUUCACCAGUUGCCCCUGACGACAUGAAAAGGCCGCUGUCACAGUACUGGAUCUCCUCUUCACACAACACGUACCUGACAGGUGAUCAGUUUUCCAGUGAGUCGUCUCUAGAAGCCUACGCUCGUUGUCUUAGGAUGGGCUGCCGCUGCAUUGAACUGGACUGCUGGGAUGGACCAGAUGAUCUGCCAAUCAUCUACCACGGCCACACUUUAACCUCCAAGAUCAAAUUCCUGGAUGUGCUGCACACCAUCAAAGAACACGCCUUUGUCACAUCCGAGUAUCCUGUGAUCUUAUCCAUCGAGGACCACUGCAGUGUGGUCCAGCAGAGGAACAUGGCGACGCACUUCAAGAAGGUGUUUGGAGAGCUGCUGCUCACAAAGCCGGUUGACAAUAACGCAGACGAGCUUCCUUCACCCUACCAGCUCCGCAGGAAGAUCCUCAUCAAGCACAAAAAGCUGGUGGAAGGAACCCUGUAUGAAGAGGUGACUUCAGCUAGCUACUCUGAAAACGACAUCAGCAACUCACUGAGGAACGGCAUCCUUUACCUCGAGGACCCCAUCGACCAUACCUGGACACCACAUUAUUUCGUCUUGACCAGCAAUAAGAUUUACUACUCAGAGGAGACAUCUCGCUACCAAACAGCUGAUGAAGAAGAGGAAGAUAUGUUAAAGGAGGAGUGUAACAACAACGAGCAGCACUGUGCAGAGCGCUGGUUUCAUGGGAAGCUGGGAGGAGGUCGCGACGGUCGGCAGGUGGCAGAGAAGCUGCUCCAGGAGUACUGUGAAGGCGGGGGCAAAGACGGCACCUUCCUGGUGCGAGAGAGCGAGACAUUUGUCGGAGACUACACCCUGUCCUUCUGGCGUUCUGGUCGGGUGCAGCACUGCAGGAUCCACUCGCGUCAGGAGUCUGGCUCCACCCGAUUCUACCUGACAGACAACCUUGUGUUUGACAGCCUCUACCAUCUCAUCUGCCACUACAGAGAGGUGCCGCUGCGCUGCAAUGAGUUUGAAAUGAGGCUGGAAAAUCCCGUGCCGCAACCCAACGCACACGAGAGCAGAGAGUGGUACCACUCCAACCUGUCCCGUGUCCAAGCUGAGCACAUGUUGAUGCGCGUUCCCCGAGACGGAGCUUUCUUGGUGCGAAAACGCAGCGAGCACAACUCCUACGCCAUCUCCUUCAGGGCGGAGGGUAAGAUCAAACACUGUCGCAUCCAGCAGGACGGGCGUCUCUUCAUGUUGGGGGGUUCGGCAGAGUUUGAGAGUUUGGUGGAUCUAGUCUGUUAUUAUGAGAAACAUCCUCUGUACCGUAAGAUGAAGCUCCGCUACCCAAUAAACGAAGACACUUUGGACCGAAUGGGCACCGUGGAGCUUGACUAUGGAGCACUGUAUGAGGCCAGAACUCCUCAUUUUUAUGUCGAGGCCAACAAGAUGCCCACAGCGCGGUGUACAGUCAAAGCUCUGUAUGACUACCGAGCGCAGAGAGAAGAUGAGCUUUGUUUCCCCAAACAAGCGCUUAUCCUGAACGUGGACAAGCAGGAGGGCGGCUGGUGGAGAGGCGACUACGGAGGAAAGAAGCAGCUGUGGUUUCCUGCAAACUACGUGGAGGAGGUGUCCAGCUCCCCUACCAGAGAAAUGGAUGAAGCAUCUACAGAGAACAGUCCUCUGGGUAAUCUCCUGAAAGGCUUCAUCGAUGUACCCACCUGCCAUGUUGCCGUGCAUAAAGAUGGGAAGAACUCCCGGCCCUUUGUGUUUACCAUCCACUCGCAGCACCUGAGCUCUCACCCGGUCCAGAGUCUGGACGUGGCAGCGGAGAGUCUGGAAGAUCUCAACUGCUGGGUCAGCAAAAUCAGAGAAGCUGCACAGAAUGCUGAUGCACGGAUGCAGGAGGAGAAACAAAUGGAGAGGAGGAAGAAGAUUGCUGUUGAACUGUCUGAUCUUGUGGUUUACUGCCGGCCGGUACCGUUCAACGAAGACAAAAUCGGGACUGAGCGUGCCUGUUACAGGGACAUGUCUUCCUUCCCGGAGACAAAAGCGGAGAAGUUUGCGACUCGCACCAGAGGAAAGCGCUUCCUGCAGUACAACCGCCGGCAGCUGUCCAGAGUUUAUCCCAGAGGCCAGAGACUGGACUCCUCCAACUACGACCCGCUGCCCAUGUGGCUCUGCGGCUCCCAGCUGGUUGCUCUCAAUUUCCAAACUCCAGAUAAACCCAUGCAGCUGAACCAGGCCUUGUUCCUGCUUGGAGGCAGCAGUGGCUUCGUCCCCCAACCUGACAUCAUGAGAGAUGAUACCUUUGAUCCUUUUGACAAGGACACACUGCAUGUUGAGCCAAUCACCCUCCAGCUACAGGUUCUGGGAGCACGCCAUCUGCCGAAAAAUGGCCGCAGCAUCGUUUGUCCUUUCGUGGAGGUGGAGAUCUGUGGAGCCGACUACGACGGCUUUAAGUGCAAGACUGACGUCGUAGCUGAUAACGGUCUGAAUCCUGUGUGGGUGCAGAGGCAGUUUGUGUUCGACAUCCACAACCCCACCUUCUCCUUCCUGCGCUUCACCGUUUUCGAAGAGGACAUGUUCAGUGAUCCCAACUUCUUGGCACAGGCCACAUAUCCGGUCCGUCUGCUGCGGACAGGCUACAGGAGUGUUCCUCUGAAGAACAGCUACAGUGAGGAGCUGGAGCUGGCCUCACUUCUGGUUCACAUAGAGAUCUACAAUGCAAAGGAAGAAGACGACGAGAACAUGUACACAUCCAUCGAGCGGCUGAGGGAUCGGACGAGUGAGUUGUCCACCAGGGUUUCUCUCCUAGAGAGGUCGGGAUCCGCAGAUCUGAGCUACCAGCAGAGUGUGGAGGAGCUCAGGGCCACUCAGGACCAGCUGAGUGAGCUGGUGGAAGCUCGUAACCACCGGUUGAUGGAGAAGAAGAGGAGGGAGAAACUGAGGCAGCAGUUUGCAGCCAAGCGCAGUUAACCACUACGACCACCAGAGAGCGCUAGCCUACAGACACAGUGCCUGGCACGCUGUGUAGCAGCUGCCUCUACAGAAGCGACACGCAAUCUGAAACUGGAAGAGAAAAGCAAAGUGGGACAUACUAAAGCACUUAUAGUGAAAAGAUUACAAACAUAAACAUCUCAUGGACUAAAGACAUAAAACUAAGCUAUAAAACAAUCAGGAUUUAAGCUGAAACACAUUAAGAGCAAACUGUGGGGGCUACUUCUAAAGGUUUGAUGAAAACAGCUGAAACAGUAAGGUAAUAUAUGGACAGAAGUGUGUUUUUCAUUGCUGUGGAAAAUUUCUAAAACUGAACAUAUACUGAUUUUAGUUGAAAACUAAAACCUUUUAUGUGAUCAAACUCUUCUAAGUGAAAAUGAAAUAUUACAUUUGCUCUUACUGUGUAGCAGAGUUUACAAUUAAAAACCAGAUGGAAGGGAGAAGAAAACUCAGGUUACACACAAAAAGUAAAUAAAAUGUUGAUAUCUGGAUGUACAAAGGGAGCUGUGGGCACAUGUAGCAAAGAGGAAAUAUCCUGUAUGUGCCUUGUUGUCAAACUUUGUAAAGUUGGCUAGAAAGACAAAAAAAAAUAAUAACUGCUUUUAGAUAGAACUGGAAAUUUUUUCCUUUAUGGGAAACAUAAAAAAACAAACAAAAAAAAACUGGAGAAAUAAUGCACUCUUUUGGUUCAGACCACUAAUCAGGAAGGAAUCUAAAGACUGAAGUCUCCUUAUCGAGUUGUUUUGGGGCAAUGACAUGAACAAGGCCCUCAGAAGAGCACAAAAUGUCAAACAAAUCCUCACCAAAACACAUAAGAAGGUUGUCUUCUAGUACAUGUAAGGGCUCUAUACUAAUUCAUACUACCUUCAAAGAAAGGGCGCCCCCUGGAUGUCAACCAUUACACACAAGUCAAAUAAGGGCUAUGACAGAAAACUAGUAGAGCACUUGUUUUUGAUUUGUUCUGGGGGGUUUUUUCCCCCGUUUUUCUCAACACGUCUAAUAAACCCGGAUGGGAUCAGCCUCCAUCAUCUGACUCUAAUCAACAGAUGUGGAUGAGCUGGUCCUGGAUCUGCAAAAAGCAGGUUUGAUUACUGCAUGGCUUCCUGUCUGACCCACCCAUCAGGAGCUACUUUACCCUCAACUCAUUGAUCAUUGUGUACAUAACUUAUUUUAGGUGAAAGAACAUAUUACAAGAAGGAUGCUUUCUGUAUCUUUAUGGUAAAAUUAAUAUUGUGUAACUGGAAUUCCCUUUAAAAAAAUGUUCCCUUAGAUAAAAUCCUCUCUUUCCUCCCUGCAGUACGCUGUACUGUGCUGGGACUUCUAUGCAAAAGUCAUCUUCUCGGCCUACAGCCUUUGUGUUUUAGAAAACCUGACUCCAGUUGUGUUUCUCUCUCUGUACCUAUGCUUACUGUCCAGUAUUAAUACUCCGUAUUACAAAUUAUGUGCAAGUUUCCAGUUAAUAAAGCUCUUUAUGUA